AUGUUCAUUUCACCUUAUGGUUUAUAUGUUGCCUUGGCUGUUAUUGUAGCAUUCUUUGGCACUACUUGUAUUGCAGCUGAUCUUUCUACUUCAACAUGUAGUGAGAUAUAUAAAACAACUAAUGAAUUGGAUCCAAAGUUCCUUGCUUGUAAAGUUUAUCAUAAUUCAAUUGCUACAUCAUUAGAAGCUAUUCGUGUAACAAAAGAACUUGAACAACUUUUGAUUCUUAAUGGGAUCGUUCUUGAAGAAAAUGAAACUAAUGUCUCUGAGUCUACAGAUGAGGUAGAAGAGGAUCGUGAAAAAAGAAAACAUGAAUACUUAAGAUUUGGUAAAAGAAAACAUGAAUACUUAAGAUUUGGAAAGAGAAAGCAUGAAUAUUUAAGAUUUGGAAAAAAAUAA